GAUAUUUUUUUGUUACAGGAGCUUUUCUCGCAAUUACAAUUUUCGACCGAAACGGCCCUUCCUCCCGACACACUGCGUAGGGCGCUUGCCGAAAGUUUCUUCGAUCAAAAUCGCUUUCAGCUAGGCUUUAUGGACGAUGCAGCCGAAUGCUUUGAAAAUAUGCUUCUGCGUAUCCAUACGCACAUUGCCCAAGGCGAAGCCGAGGAUAUGUGCAGUGCAAGACAUUGUAUUCCACAUCAAAAAUUCGCAAUGACGCUUGUGGAGCAGAGUGUCUGUGCCUCCUGUGGUGCUACUUCGGAGCCCCUUUCGUAUACACAGAUGGUUCAUUACGUGUCUACAUCUACAUUAGUCUACCAAGUGAGAGCAAAUGGAGGUAGAACCAACGCAGAUCCUUUUGGACAAUUACUAAGAAAAGCGGGGAAUAUGGGAGAUGUUCGAACAUGUCCGAGUGCUUGUGGAGCGGUAAUUCAAAUAGGCAGGACCCUUAUGAACCGUCCAGAAAUAGUAUCUAUUGGCCUCGUUUGGAACUCAGAACGACCAACUUUGGAGCACAUAAUGGAAGUGUUUUCAACUAUAGGCACAACUUUAAGACUAGGAGAUGUUUUUAACACUGUAGUAGAUAGCCGAUGGGCUGAACUUUCUGUACAUAAUCUUGUAGGUGUUGUAACCUACUAUGGCAAACAUUACUCUACAUUUUUCUUCCAUACGAAACUUCGGGUAUGGAUUUACUUUGACGAUGCUACCGUUCGAGAAGUUGGGCCAAGAUGGGAGCAGGUUGUUGAGAAAUGCCGAAAAGGAAGGUAUCAACCACUGCUGCUCCUCUACGCUCUACCGGAUGGAACUCCAGUAAAUACAGAUAAUGCUCCAAAGCAGAUUACCCCAUUAUUCGCCGACAAAGUAAACAAGAAACCGCCACAAUCUGUCAUCCGUCGAUCUGUAACACCAAGUCCAGAAAAACCCAUGAUCGGAACUACUCGACGUGCCAUAACUCCGAAUCCAGAUGGUUCAGGGAUAAAUCAAAAACCUCCAUUACCCCGACCUUACAAUGACUAUCAGAAUUUAGCGGUGAUUCAGAAUAAUAUCUCCCAGUGCCAAGAUGUCGAUGUAGUCGAUGGUUGUAUUACAAGAAAAGAUCCAGAGUAUGUCACCCGAAAAUCAUUGGAUUUUGGAAAACCUCAAGUGCAUAGAACAUUAAGUAAUGGUUCCUCAUCUGGAAUGGAAGGAAUUAAUAUCCCAGAUCAUCUAAACGUACCUAGAAGACGAGAUAGUGGAAAUUGGAGUGGCGAUCGCAACAGUGCUUCUUCUGCUUCUUCGACAACAAUGGAAAAUCCUUAUCUUUACUUAGUUGGCAAGGUACCAAGCAAUGGUGGAAGUGUUCCUGGCAGUCCCACCAGAAUCAAGACUGAUUACUCCAGUAGUAGCAGUGGAGUGUAUGAUGCAGGAUAUGAUUCUUAUUCUUUAUCGUCCAAUGACAGCUCAACUGUUACUACUUUACAACAUUUGAUGAAAAUGGGACAUCUAGCCAAGAUACCCGAGGAUUACAACAAUCUUAGUCUGAAUCAGAAUUCUCCAAGUUGUGAUGUCCUCUGUGAUGAAGCAGACGAAUUGCUGGUGAAAUCUCGUCAAUUAGAAGACGAACAUGAUUUGGUUCUCGCCUUAGCUCUCUGUAAUGCAGCUGCUACAAAGGCGCGAGCAGCUAUGAAUGCCCCAUACAAUAAUCCACAGACAUUGACUUUAGCUCGCAUGAAGCAUAAUACUUGUAUAAUGAGAGCCAGAAGUCUCCAUAGGAGAAUGACUCAAGUGCCUAAUCCAACUAGCAAAGAUGUUCCACCAGAAAUUAGACAUACAAGAGAAGGCAGCAGUGGGAGUGGAAGACAUUCUAGGCAAAAUUCUAGAGAUAAAAGUAACCACUCACGACAAAAUAGCAGAGAACUGCUAGUUCCAGAGAAAGAAAAGCACCAACCUACCAAAAGCAUAGAGAUUUAUGCUACUCUGCCAAAAAAGAAAGAUGCUUUAAAAGCAAAAUUAUCUAACACCACUGUAGAAGAUGAAGAAUACAUGUUAUAUGAUAAACCUCCUGUUCGAGAAUCAAGAUCAAUAUUUUCAAGAAACAAAAAUAAAGAUCAAAAAGGUAGGGAAAAACGUUCCCGUAGUGAAGACAGAAAUAAAUUAUCCAGAGCAGAUUUCUCAAUAGCACCAGAGAUUAUUAAUGGUAAGGAUACCCUAAAAAAGGCCAAGGAGAAAGAAGAAGACAAAAAAGAUAAAGACGGAAAAGCAAAGAAGCAACACAAAAUACGAAGGAAGCUUUUAAUGGGAGGAUUGAUAAAACGCAAAAACAGAAGCAUGCCAGAUUUGACUGAUACGACUUCUGAGGUUGAAUCGUCGGCCAAGGCUCCGACUGUUACUGUGGAUGAUAGUAGCGUAGGCUUAAAAGGUUCUUUGGAAAAUCCAACCAGUAUGAAUGGCUACCUGUCAGAAGGCCACUUAGAAUUUGCUGGGAACAACCCAAAUCCAAACCUUGAGAGAAGCAAGUUAAUGCGAAAAAGUUUUCAUGGAAGUGCCGGUAAAAUUCUAACAAUGGCCAAGGUGCCACCACCUCCUCCUCUCAGAACUACUUCCCAGCUUAGUACAUCUAAGUUAAACGGAGCAGAAGUCAGUGAAGAGAGCCAGCAACAACAACAAGAUUUAUAUUACCAACAUCAAGAUCAUUAUCGUUAUCAAGCUCCUGUAUCCUUACCGUAUUAUAAAGAUGGGUCGUUUAGCGAUGAAAGCUUUUCUAACAGUAGUAAUACAGUUAUUACGAGAGCUGACGUCCACCAAGAAUCUUCGCGAAGUUAUAAUGGAGACAGCGGUGUAGAUGAAGUUGACUGUAUUCCUACUCAUACUACAACUCCGAGUUUAGAUCUGCCACCUUACCCAAGUCCUUUGAGCUCUGCAGUCCAUUCAAGACAAGCCAGUGAAGAUUUUCCUCCACCACCUUCACCUUUGGACCUCUCCGCUUUAGAUGAACACUUACAACAAGUAGUUCAACCCAGUACACUUCUGACACAACUUCAGAAUAAAAGGCAGCAAAUUUUGUCUCAUGAUUUUGAAAUUCGUGUCGCUGAUGUAGCCCCAAAAUCUUCAGGAGAAACGUGGUUAAAAGAGUUACAGGCUAAACAAGCAGCUUUAAGAAACAAAAAGACCCAUUCAGAUCAACCAAGUGAAGGCAUAGAUGUUGUAAAUACAAUCAGAUAUGCUCCAGGUGAAAAUAAGCAAUCAGUUAAGGAUUUAGCUUCAAGAUUUGAAGCAAGUAAACUAGAUCCAGUCAAAAAUGAUAAUAACGGAGUGCUAUCCAUGAAGAAAAGAGAUGAAAUUGAAUCCAUAGCACCCGAACAAAUUGCUGAGGAAUUAAGAGAAGUUGAGAUGUUAAAUGCUGUUGUACAGAAAACGCUAAAUCAGCAGUCUGAUCCCGGGGUAAAUGAAGAUAAUCGUAGGAGAUUAUCAAAGAAGAAAAGUGUAUCUUUUUGUGAUCAAGUCAUACUUGUAGCCACUGCUGAUGAACAAGAAGAUGACAGUUUUAUUCCAAAUCCAAUUUUGGAAAGAGUUCUAAGAACAGCUAUGAAUAAACCCGAGACUGCAGCCAUACGUCAGGAAAUUAUAUCCCUUAGGGAAAAUGAACUUAAAAAAGAAGAAGCUUCAGUGCAGAAUCUGCCUGUUUACGACAGAAGACCGUUGAAUGAUGUUCCCAAACCAGUACCUGAAGGAUAUCGACAAUCUCCUCAACCAAUGUUGAAUCAACAACCUCAAAAUACUCAUAUGCAACAGCAUACUGUACAAAAUUCACCUCAGCUUCAAAGACAGCAUCCCCCAAACGAAAUACCGCAACACAUCAGACCAACUUUGCCCAAUCAUUCACAACUUCACAGGCAGAACUCACAAAACGAACCACAAUUGUAUAGACAAAAUUCUCAAGACGAUAAUUUACAUAUUCAUAGACAAAUGCCCCAAAAUGAUCAUCCACAAGUACAAAGACAAAUGGUUCAAAACGAUCAUUCACAAAUACAAAGGCAGAUUAGCCAAAGUGAUCUUCCACAAGUACAAAGGCAAAUUGUGCAAAAUGAACAUCCACAGCUUAAUAGGCAAAAUUCUCAAAAUAAUCCACAUAACAGAUCUGUUUAUACAGCAGAACCAUAUCACGACAACUCUCAUAUCCCUUAUCAUUAUCAACAAAAUGGAUCUGAAGAACAACAGUAUGUUAGUGCUAGUGUUGCUCAAUACUCAAAUCCUGCCAGACAAUCUCCAUACCAACCAAUUCCUCCAAAUUCAGCAGCAUAUGCUGCAUACUAUAGUUAUAAUAAUACGAAAUCUCCACAGUAUGCCCAUGCAGUUCGUCCAGGGCAGAGAGUAACCAAUCCUAGCCCAGUGAAUACCCAUUCCCCUUAUCAAUCCCCUCCAAUGCCACAAAACUAUAAUCAAUACGUUAGAAAUGGAUAUGAUCAGUAUUAUCAGAGAGUACCUGAUAACUAUCCAAGGUAUCCAAAUGAGGCUUACUCUCAAAAUUCGCCAUACCAGAGAGUACCUCCCCCUUCAGAACAUCAUAGUAUCUACCAGAGGGUUCCAACUGAAUACGAUCAUCAAAAUGGCGCAUAUCAACGAGUAUCCACGGAUCCCUAUCAACGAGUACCACCCUAUCAUCCAGAAGAGGUAAAUAAAUCAUCCCCCUAUCAGUAUGUACCGCAGCCUAAAAAUCUAAAGAAGACUGUUAGUUUUGAGCCUGGAACUAAAGGUGCUGAAUCUCCUACACCUUGGGCAGUAGUUACGCCAAUUAUAGUGAACAAUGCCAAUAAUAGUGUACCUACAGACAAAACUAAAUGUAAUUUGUGUAGGAAAAAGAAUGUAGCUGCUUCCAAUUUAUACUGCCAAGACUGUGAAUUUUACAUGUCGAGGUUUAAACCGAAGAGUUAG